AGGAGGUGCGGCUACGGGAGGGGGAGUGCCUUUGCUGGAUGUUCGAGGCCAGUUCGAUGUGACCGAUCAGAAGGGAACACUCUUCAAGCAGAGCCCGGGACGCGGUGCGGAGGCCCGUCCAGAUGCAGCAGCUCGCAGCGUCGUUUUUACUGUCGUGCCCCCUCAACGACCAGGUGCCCCCUCAGGAAGAACAGG